CUUUCCUCGAUCCUUUUUUUUCCAACUGCACAUAACAUAACCCAAAUUAUUUUUAUAUAUUUAUUUUUUUAAACACGUGCCGAGAUAUUUUUCUAGUGAGCUUCAGUAGGUAUUCGAUGAUAUCCACGGGACGAUCUUAGAAUUCAUGGAAGAUGGUGGCACUGGGCUACGAGCCCCACGCUACCCCGCGGAAGAUACGAGUCCAACGACCGAUCGGGAGCUGAGAGGAUUUUUCUGUUACGGGCUUGCUGCUGAGGUUUUUGCUAUUUGUGCUGUUGGUAGGUUGAAUAUUGCAAUUCUAGGGAGCAGAGUAUCGAAAUUGACACAGGAUAUAGGAUCAUUUUUACCCGUCACAUUGGAACAACUUGCUCGUGAGCAGGGCGUUCUUUUUAUUGAUAAAGUAACGCCUUGUACGGCGAAGAAUGCAACCGUUAUUGCAAAUGCUACUGUCAAUGCUUUGAUGUCCAGAGCUGAAGGCUCAGAUACUCAUCAAUGUAUCAUCAACGUGUUUGGUACCGAAUUAACAACAGCCAGUUUUGCAAUGUACACGUUUUCUGCUUCUGUGUUUAUGCAGGCUCUUGCCCUUGUCUCCGUCAGCUCGGUUGCUGACCAUGGUAUGCCGAUUAUAACUCUUCAACUCUAUUUUUAUCUGACAGUUUCCAGGUACCUGGCGUAAGAAGCUCCUAGCAGGAUUUGGACUCACGGGAUCUGUGUCUGCUAUGCUUUUCCUACUGGUAGUUCCGCAAAUUUUUGUCGUCGGGUCCUUUUUGACCGUAAUUUGUGUUGUCUGUCUUGGAUGCUCUUUUGUCAUCCUCAAUUCAUACUUGCCACUACUUGUCUUGAAUCAUCCAGUUGUUCAGAGCGAUGAAGAUCAUCCAAAUGCCUCUUCAUCGAUUCCACUUCAGCCAAUAUCAUCCCAACGAAGUAUUCGAAAGUCGGGAGAGAGUCUCCGCCAAGUGAACAGAAAAGAGGUUGAUAUUGGAUCUAAGGCUGACUCUUCUGAUCUUCAACUCUCUACCAAGAUUUCAUCCAAAGGAGUAGGAAUAGGGUACAUGGCUGCAGUCUCCGUGCAAGUGAUAUGUAUUCUUAUUCUGUACAUCAUGAACAAGACGGGAGUUUCGUCAACACUUCCUCUUCGAACGGUGCUGUUCUUUGUCGGAUCUUGGUGGCUUACCUUUACCAUUCCGUCACUUAUGUGGCUUCGGGAUAGACCUGGACCACCAUUGCCAACUGCCCUGUACGAAGGACGGGCCUUCGUGCGUACUUGCAUGUCGUACACAAUAUUCGCUUGGAAGUCGCUUUGGAAAACAGUCAAGGUCGCCGUCAAACUUCGGCAAGUCCUUCUCUUCCUUAUCGCUUGGUUUCUUCUUUCAGACGCUGUGGCCACCAUCUCUGCCACAGCCAUUUUAUUCGCUAGAACUGAGCUGCAAAUGGGAACUGUCGCUGUAGCUUUUCUCUCCAUCAUAGCUACCAGCUCAGGAAUAAUUGGCGCUACAGUUUGGCCUAUUAUAUCAAAACGAUUUACAUUGAAGACAAACCAUAUCAUUGUCUGCUGUCUAUUGCUUUUAGAAUUGGUUCCGCUGUACGGACUUCUGGGUUUUCUGCCCUUUGUACAGGCUUGGGGAGUUGGCGGGUUGCAGAAAUGGUACGAAAUUUAUCCCCUUGGCAUUAUUCACGGGAUGGUUAUGGGCGGAUUAUCCUCAUACUGUAGGUCCUUCUACGGCCUCUUGAUACCACCCGGUAGCGAAGCCGCAUUCUAUGCAUUAUUCGCCAUCACGGAUAAAGGGAGUUCAGCAGUAGGACCAGCAAUUGUAGGGAAGAUUGUAGAUGCAACAGGACAAAUUCGGCCCGCAUUCGGCUUUCUCGCAGUAUUGAUUGCCUUACCCAUUCCUCUGAUUUGGAUGGUAGAUGUUGAGAAAGGACAAGAAGAUGCGAUUCGCAUGGCUGGGUUGAUGAAGACGACUGAUGAUGGGCAUGAGGAUUUCGCAUCAUUUGAAGGAUCAUCUGAUGGUCAUGAAGCUGAAGGGCUGAUGCGGGAUCAUGAUUGAAUAAUUGCAUCCCAGAAUUAAAACAAAGUGAUUUUGACUUUUUUUAAAUUUGGCUUAUUGACCGAAUAUAUAUACUGAGAAAAAGAAUAAAAUAGUUGAA